AUGGCGUUCACUCCGAGUCGACAUCAACAGAGCCGAUUUGGAGAAAUUGGGAAUGCAGAGGAAGUCAUUCGCGGUUUAUAUCAAGAGCAAAUUGUGGAUACCUAUUACUUCGAUGACAAAUAUGAUAGCGGCGAUCUAAUCGCCAUACCGCCAUGGGGAGAGGGAAAAGGAGUCAGGUUCAAUGAGACCUUUGGUAUGACAUUCGAAGCUUACGACUCAGCUCGACAUUCCUUUUUAGACCUUAAUGGCCAAGUUCAAGAAGCUGACUCGGGUACGGGGCUAUAUUUCUACAAAGACGAGAUCCAAGCGAUAUUCUCAGCGUCAUUCACGCGUGAGACCUGCGAAACGCCACAUGACAACUUUGCGUGUGUCUUUAACGCUAUGGGAAACGCAAUGACUAGAACAAUUCGCGAUGUGUCUAUACCAAUCAAUGGGACCAGAAUGCCUGAUGUCGCAAUCGGGAGAGUGUUCGUAACCACUACAUUCUUGAGGGUUGAAUGGAUAUGGCUCUCGUUACCCAUGGUCCUAUGGACAAUCAGUCUCGUCGUCUGGGUCGGUGCGACGUGGAAAAGUCGGCGUGUUUCAGCGCCGUUAUGGAGGGACAACGUUCUGCCGCUACUGUUCAUAUUGCCAGAGAGUGAAGAAACAAGGGUGGAAGCACAGGACAAGUUCGGCUCCUCGAGUAUUGGUCACACUAUAAGAGCCGAGCAGAUAAAUGUGAAGCUUGUAGAAUCGAAUGGGCGAUUUAUGCUUGCUAAACUUUAG